AUUCCUGCUUUUCGGAUUUGCAUGUUCGUUUAUCUUAAUCACUUUGUAUAUGUAUAUGGAAAAGAUGAUUGGAAAGGAUAUCAUCCAAAACGCUGCGCAAAAUGUUAAUGAAUAUUACACUCAAAAGAAAGACCAGCUUUUCAAUUAUCAACCAGUGGUGGGAGAAAAAGCAAUCAAUAUAUCACAACAACCGACAAAAAAAAUAAAAUUGAUGGCGAAAACAAUUCAUGGUCAGGCUGCAUAUACAGAAGAUUCAUGUGAUAUUGAAACUGAACGAUAUUAUAAAAAGAACGCAAUCAUAAAUUAUAGCAAUCCAUUUAACAAUUUUACACCUAUUGGUGGGUCGGACUGGCGAUUCCUAACUACAAUUCCUUGCAUAAAUUUGAAUGAAACGAUUUUCGUUAAGUCGAGUGAAGAAAAAGAACAGCUGAUUCCUACAUGCUACGAAAAUUAUGUGCAUAUCGAAAGAAGCAGAAACUCAAAGUAUAUUCAUGUCUUUAAUUUUCCAGAUAAAUGUUUGAAAAGAGUCGUAUCUAAAUUUUGUUCAGACAAUCUCCCUGUUCCAAACAUAGUGCAUUAUAUAUGGUUUGGAAAGCAAGAAUUUGAGUUUGUUUAUUUUGUUAGUUUUUACAGCGCACACAAAAAUCAGAACCCCUGUCUAAUAUUUCUUUAUUAUGAUGUUUUACCCUUUGGAAAGUGGUGGGACAUACUUGUGAAAUUGGUCACAAACAUUGUGUAUGUAAAAGUUACACCACCAGCCGAAAUUUUAGGAAAGAAAAUCAACUGGGUGCAACAUAAAGCUGAUAUCAUGAGACUUAGAAUAUUGAAAGAAUACGGGGGUAUAUAUCUUGAUACAGACCAAUACGUCCUCAGAUCGCUAAAUGCAUUCCGAAACAAGGACUGCACUAUGGGAGCAGCGCAUGAUGGAUCUAUGGCUAGCGCAUUGAUAUUUGCAGUCGAAAAUGCUACAUUUAUUAACAAGUGGAUCGACAGCUACGCCUCAUACAAUCCAAACGUUUGGGGCGAAAACUCGGUAACAAUGGCAAGAAAACUUUCCAUAAGGUAUCCACAACAUGUUCGUUCGUAUGAACAUCAUUGCCUUUUCUUUCCUCAUGGAUAUUUGUUGUUUAACCAGAAUUACAAAUGGUCACAUUGUUUUGGAAUUCAUCUUUAUGGUAAAAGACCACGAUGGAAUGAAAUCAGAAAAUGGAGUCUUGUUACCAUACAAAAAUUAAACAAUACAAUUGGCGCAGUUUUUAGGUAUAUCCUGUUUGGUCACAAAGACCUGUGCAAUUAGUUCAAAGAAUCAAGUCGUAUUUAAGUAUUUCCCUUCUCAUUUUUUAGACAUGAUUUUCUUUUUUUCCAUGUAUUUAUUUAUUUGAUUAUUCAUUUUUUGAUUAGAUCAUAAGCUUAGUUCAAGUAAUCACAUAUAUAUUGUUAUCGAGAAAAGCACAACUAUUUACACCAAUAAUUGGUUCCUCUCAAUGUGUAAUAUAAUACAGUUACUUAAUAAUUCCUCACAUUUGUUACAAAAAUAAGUGUAUGUAACAAGAACUCUUCCAGUCUUUGUCCGUGACAUUUAACGUCAACAGUUUUUGGCAAUGAUUUUAUUUUACUGACUAUUUUGACUUUAGUGUAUGAUGUGAAAACCCCCUGUUUAUUACGUUCCCCAGACAAAUUUAGGGAAUAUGUUUUCUUUGUUCUGUUUCUUCUUAUUAUUAGAUCACCCCAAGCGAAGUCGGGGAGACAUAUUGUUAUUGUUCGACUAAUAAAGCUUUUCGCACAGUAUCUUGAAAAUUGCCCGGUCAAUCUUGAUGAAAAAAUCCACUGUCAUAAUGAUCGCCUACUAAAGACGUUCGAUCCUUGUUCAAAGUUUUUAAAGUGGCCACUGUUUUCAUGGAAACGGACCAAAAUGUAUUUUUUUUUUAAUUUCAUCGUUCUCUGUAAUUUUUAAUCCAAUUUUUUUGAAAUGUUAAAGAAGUAUUCCUUACGUCAUGGACAAAAAAAAAAAAAAAAAAAAAAAAAAAAAAAAAAAAGGAAAAGGAUGGAUAGGAAACACAAUUAAUUUAAGAUAUGUUGAUGUCAUGUGACCAAUAUUGCGACUAAUUGCUCGUGAUUUUAUAUGACAAUGUUUUUUUGGAACUCGCCAAGACAAUCUUAUUGAAACCGUACAGAAAUAAUAAUCACCAACUGAAAUUGUGUUGACAUCAUUUAAAAUUUUAAAAUUUUAGAUGGCUCUGACAAUCUUAUUGAAACAUUUCAUAGAAAUAAUAAUAGCUAUUCGUAGUUGUGCAGGUAUCAUUUAAAAUUUUCAACAAGGUUUUUAUCAGAAAAGAAAAAAAAAAUAAUUUAAGAAAUGUUAUUGAUACGAAUUGAAAAAAAAGGCUGCUGUACAUACGUUUAUGUCUCAUCUUUUUAAAGCUAUAAAUUAGUCAGUUAAUGUUUAUUUAUCUAUGUCAGGAUUGUCAAGUUACAGUUACUGUCGCUACUGUAAUGAUUUUCCCCUUAGAUUAAAAAAAAAAAAAUUCCCUGACAUUUUCCUAUCUCCCCCUGACUUUCUCCUAUGAUCCCCUGUCGUGUAUGAAUGACAUGUAAAUAUAGUUUUAUUUAUUUAUUGAUCUAUUAAUUAAACAAAUGUAAAAAAAAAAAUAAAUGAAAAGAUGAAAUAAAUAAAUAAGAAGAAAUUAAAAAAUAAAUUGAUUGAUACAUGUAAAACAAAUAAAUUGUUAAAUGAAUAAAUAAGUAAAUAAAUAAAUGAAUAUAUAGAUUUUGUC